AUGCGCUUGGUCAAUACACGCAGCGGCCACCUUGAGGCAUUCGUCGAGCCACCUGAUCAUUACGCCAUCCUAUCUCAUCGAUGGACCGACGAAGAGGUCUCGUUCGAGGAGUACGAGCUGGCACUCCAUCCACCCAAGUACUUGCUGGAGCGCGAGGCAGCCCAGGUCGCCAUUGUCAAACGCCGCACUGGAUACACCAAGAUACAAGACUGCUGCCGGGUCGCCGCUAAGCAUGGAUUCGACUGGGUCUGGAUUGAUACGUGUUGUAUCGACAAACGCAGCAGCGCUGAGCUGUCUGAAGCCAUCAACUCCAUGUGGAAAUGGUACGAAGAAUCCAACAUGUGCUAUGUGUACCUGGCCGACGUUUCGCCGCCCGCGAGAGGACGCGCUCUAGACUAUAUGGGACUGGAGAGGAGCUCGUGGUUCACACGGGCAUGGACCCUGCAAGAACUGCUUGCACCGAAGAAGCAUCGCUUCUAUGCCAGCAACUGGCAACAUCUCUUUGCCUUGACUAGGAACAUGGCCUUUGGCGGUGAGACAUCUCGUCACACAUUCGCAGCAAAUGAGAGAAGUGCCGAGCAGAUGGCAGCCAUCACCUCUAUUCCCGCCAGUGUAUUCCUGGGCAACCAACCGGAUAAACGGUACAGCGCGGCACAGCGGAUGAGCUGGGCGGCAAGACGCCAGGCCACCAGAAUCGAAGACGUGGCAUAUUCUCUGCUUGGGCUUUUCCAGAUCAACUUGCCGUUGUUAUACGGAGAGGGCGAUCGUGCAUUCAGGCGACUCCAAGAAGAGAUCAUCAGACAAUCUGAUGACGAAACCAUCUUCGCUUGGGCUUCUUCUGUCCCGUCACCGAUGGAGCCUAGAGGGCUUCUUGCCAAGAGCCCUUUAUCGUUCUACGAUAGCGCAGAUACCGAGAUGUAUAAAGCGUGCCAAAUACGGCCUGCCUACACGGCCACGAAUAAGGGGUUGGCCAUCCGCGGUCCCUGUAGACGGUUGACCCGCGAAGCUCAGAAACCGGAAGACGCGAGGCUCAACCCCCGUCUGCGCGGUCUUCUCGGCGGUCCUUUCUACCACUUGGAACUAAACUGCUUGACGCCAUUUGCCGACAGUGACGGCCGGACCGACAGUCGCAUAGGCGCGCUGCUUCUCUACCAGAAGUUUGGCAAUGAGACGUGGGGUGUAUUGGGUCUACGGGAAUGGAUUCAAGAUCUACCCGAAGCUCGUGAUGUGGAGGUGCGAGAUUUCUAUGUUGCGUUGUAA